AUGGCGCUAGUCCCGACUAAGCUAGACAAUUCUGCACCUUUCAUCGUCGAAUACCACCUAUGGGUACCACCAGCAGACAUACAUCCCGACGUCACGCACGACAUAUCGAACACAGUUUUCCACUGCGCAGCUCCUAUUCAGCGACCGUCGCGUGAAAAUCGUUGCUACAAUGAGCAUCCUGACGGCCAACAGGGCAGCGGCUCCAAUAACAACAGGUUUGGCGGAUUUCCUGGCGGGGAUCGCUAUCGGCCAGCGCAGACAACUACGUCGAGCAGCCCACUCACAGGCAGCCGUGAUCAAAACUCUCCUACCUCGUUCAACUUGAGUGAGGCCGACAUCAAAACUGAUUUGCGAGACCGACCGCUGUACCCGAUCUCUUGCUACGGCCCUGGUAAAGGAGCUCCUCGACAACUAAUAGAGGGCCCCGUAGAGAUCAGCCCCGAAGAGCUACGUCUACGAUACUAUACAUUGCUUGCUGCCGGUGAUGAAGCUACAGCUAAACAAGAAGAGGCAGCGUUAGGGAUAAAGAUGGAGCAGCAAUUAAAGGCAAUCUCGGAUGAUAUCCCGGGCGCCAUCAAGUAUAUCGAAGAUGGUGUCAACGUUCACCCAAACAGAAUAGAUUUGGCCAACGGGACUGCUUCAUCAAAUGGACCGGCGAGCCUCUUUGGAGGAACUUCAGCAGCAACCGCAAAUCCCUUUGGAAAACCGGCAGCACCUACAAAUCCAUUCUCUACUGCGCCGGUAUCACAACCUUCAGCUUUUGGGCAGGCUUCGAAACCAGGGUUUGGCCAUCCAGGGUUUGGACAACCUUCAAAUCCUGCGCAGUCUACCUCAGCUUUUGGACAGCCCUCAAACCCGGGACAAAAUGCAUCUCCUUUUGGGCAGCCUUCAAACUCUGGACAGAACGCCUCGCCCUUCGGCGCGUCUUCGGGUCUCAGUCUGAAACCAUCGCCAUUUGGUCAGCCAUCAACUUUAGGCAGUGCUGGGCAAUUUGGAAAGCCUGCUUUCGGAUCGUCAGGUUUUGGGCAGCCAUCGAUGCCGGGCACUGGGAGUGCAUUUGGACAGACUAGCAGCGUAGGUCAGGCGUCAGCGUUUGGCCAACCUUCAGCGCCAGGUGCAGCAUCUGGCUUUAGCCAAAUCAAUGCUUUGGGUCAGAAGCCUAGCCCGUUCAGCAAUCCUGGUUUUGGACAAAGUGGUUUUGGACAGCCUGCACAACCCAGUGCUGCAGCUUCACAGUUCGGUCAAGCGGCACAGUCGGGAGGAGCCUCUCCUUUUGGCCAACAAACUACAUCCACGCAAUCUCCAUUUGGUCAACCAGCAGCAGCGCCUCAGUCUGCGUUCGGUCAGCCAGCACAGCCAGCACCAUCACCUUUUGGUCAAGCGGCUCAGUCAGGAGCACAAGCCUCGCCAUUUGGCCAAGCUGCGCAGCAAAAUCAGCCACUUGCUAAUCCGUUUCAGCAAGGACGGACUGAGGCACCAGGUGAUAAAGUGAGUCCCUUCGCCAGUGCUUCUUCGCAACCCUCUAUGUUUGGUCAACCGAGCAAGCCAAAUACAAACCCCUUCGGCGCUCCAGUAGCCCAAAAUGGCACUUCACAGCCUGCCAACCCGUUCCUCCAGCGGCAGCCUCCAGCUCAGGCGGCGGCAACUUCAGGAUUUGGCUUCCCGAACCAAGCCGCAACACCUGCAGCACAAACACAAUCACCUCAACCGGCGAGACAGUUCGCAUCUCAAGUCAAAGUCGCAGAUACUAACAUCGAUCCAAAGGAACGCUUCAAGGAGGGCAGGCCAGAGGAAUACGAAGGCGAGCAAGGCAAGAUGCUAGAGGAGAUCUAUAGGCGUGUAGCCCAACUUGGGCGAUUCAAUGAGGACGAGGAUAUACCUUUAACACCGCCGAAAUGCGAAUGGAUCGUACCGAUGUCUGUUUAA